AUGUUUCCUACUUGUGUUGAUUGUGUCUUAAAAACACUGGAACUGCAGCUGGCCGAUCCAUGCUUAACUCUUCGAAGGAAACAUCCAAUCCAAAAUCUCCAGAUGGAGUUGAGGUUCCUGAAGUGCUAUUUCUGGUGCUUUUCAACUCUUGCAGGUGCGGAUUUGAACUUUCCCAUGAACAAUGUUUGGGCCGGAAUUGAUUUUAGUCUUUCUAUAAACUACAAGAGAUAUUAUACACAUUUCCAUCGUGCUGUGUCUACAGCACUAGCAAAAGUUCAGCUUUAUAAGCCAAAGAUCAGAAAAUCCUGUAUUGCUUUUUUAGAACGCUCACCUGUAUUAAUCCAGCCUCGCAAGAUUUAUGAUAUGGUUGAAUUCCUGGACUGCAUCAUCGAGAAUCUGGAGUAUCUAGUCAGCUCAAAAGCCAACAUGAAUCUUUGGGUGAAGGAGCAGAUGGGAUCCUCGGAAGAGAAGCUCAGGUUGUUGAGAUCACUUCUUGUUCUCGCGGAGAUAAGGUGCAGUAGGCAUGAAAUUUUGAUUGAUCAUCUCUUGGUUCACAAUCAAGCUUGGAUUAAUAGCAUUGCUUGCCAAUCACUUUUGCUGUGGAUAGAUCCUAUGGAUCAGAACAAUCAGAAGGUGAUAGAAAUGCAUCUCCAACAUACUUAUAGUUCUCUGACAGCUAAAGUUGUUGGUAGCUACAUCGAUAUAUUCUUACGAAUUCUACCAGCUUCCAUUAGAGAUUAUAAUUACAGAGAAGUUCUUGAAGAGGGGUUAAUAUUCUUGCUUGCUUUUCUGAUGGAAUCACCAAAGAAAGGGGCUCUGACACCAACAGGUGUCUCUGUCGAUGAGGUUAGAUUUCUCAUGCACUCAUUCCUUUCAGGGAGGAGGAAAGAGCACAUUGCAAAAGAUAGGGAUGUUUUUCCAGAUUAUGUAGAAGAAUUCUUAUUGGAGAUCAAUAAAGUCAAGGCAAAGGCAAGGGAGUUUUAUACCCAAGAUAUUCAUAAGUUGAGGUGGUUCAAGUCUCCCUUGACAAAUGGAAUUGGAUUCAUUGAUUCUCUGUUGGAAAAACUGAAGGAAACAUUGGAGGGCAAGGCAAAAGUGUUUUCCUUUGGAAGACAUCAAGUUGGAGCAAUCCAAGAGGAGCUGAAAUCCGUCAGGCCAGAUCUCAACAAUAUAUUGGAGCUGAAAAAUGACUGUGAGGAACUCAGUGCUCUUUGGACACAAAUUGUCAAUGUGGCAUACCGGGCAGAACAUGUUAUUGACUCUUGCUUGAUUGGAGAUGGUCAAAUUUGCUACCAUGUUAUAUGUCUUUCUGAUGUCAUAGAAGAAAUUAAGCUCAUUAAAAAUGAGUUUAGGAAAAUCAAAAGUAAGGAAGUCUACAUCAGAAAAAUCAGUGGCAACAAGGACUCAAGUAGGACGCUUCCAGCUCGAGCUAAUACUUCAAAACUUGAUGAAAUUGUGGUGGGGUUUAAAGAUGUAGCAGAAACAAUAAUGGAUAAACUCAGGGGAGGAUCAGCACGGCGUGACAUUGUUACAAUUGUGGGCAUGGCAGGACAAGGUAAGACAACUUUGGCUAAGACAAUUUAUAAUGAUCCUUUAAUUCAGUAUGAUUUUCACAUAAGUGCCUGGUGCUGCAUCUCUCAAGUAUAUAAAAAGAGAAAGUUACUGCUUGACAUUUUAAGUCAUAUUGUCACACGUGAUACAAUAAUUACAAUGAGUGAUGAAGACCUAGGUGAACGGCUUUGGAAAUGUUUGAAGGGACAUAAGUACCUCAUUGUUAUAGAUGAUAUUUGGGAUAGCAAGGCCUGGUAUGACAUUGAAAGAUUCUUCCCAGAUGACAACAAUGGAAGUAGAAUUAUGUUUACGUCUCGAAUCCACGAUGUGGCUUUGCAAGUUAAGGCCAACUCGAAACCACAUCAUCUUCGUCCACUAUCUAAUGACGAAAGUUGGGAGUUACUUGAAAAGAAGCUGCUAGAAAAAGGUGAUUGUCCAUCACAUUUGUCCGAGGUUGGUGAGCACAUUGUGAAACUGUGUAAAGGGCUACCUCUGGCAAUUGUUGUUAUUGCAGGUCUCCUUACAAGGGAGACACAUAACAAGAUUAAUUGGAAGCAAAUAUCUGAACAUCUAGGUUCAAGACUUGCAAGUGAAGGGUACAUGGACAUAUUAGAGCUAAGCUACAUGCAUUUACCGGAUCAUCUGAAAACAUGUUUUCUUUACUUUGGAGCACUUUUUGAAGAUAAAGUAAUUAGCGCUCAAAAGUUGAUCAAACUAUGGAUUGCAGAAGGAUUUGUACGAAGAACUGGGAUAAAGAGAUUGGAAGAUGUGGCCAAGGAGUACUUUAUGGAUUUAGUCAGGAGAAGUCUAGUAAUUGUUACAGGAAGAAGUUCCACAGGCGGAAUCAAAACAUGUUACAUUCAUGAUCUUUUCCGUGAUUUGUGCUUAGCAAAAGCAAAAGAAGAAUACUUUUUUCAGUUGGUCAGCAUCUCUGGUGGACAUGAUCUUCCUCAUUUUUUACUGAAUCCCGUUAAUUAUGACCAAUAUCGGUUAAUGGUUUAUGGCGAUUGGGAUCAUUUUGUCAAGUCCAGACCUGAUGGCCUUCGCAUCCACUCUCUUCUAUUCUUCGCUGCAAAUUCUUUGAAUCUAUUCCCUUGUUCUAAUGCCUCUAUAUCUUUUGACAGAUUCAAGCAUCUUAAGGUGUUACAUUUGGGCGGCAUCUUUUUUGGCAGUUAUUUUCCAACUGAAAUUACAGUGUUAGUUCUAUUGAGAUACUUGGAAAUCAGGGGUAUGUUUAAAAAUGUCCCUUCAUCAAUACUGAACCUCAAGACCCUUGAAACUCUUGUAAUCAAAUCUGUGACAUCGAUUGUGUUCCCAGCUAUCAUCUGGAAGAUGAAAAGUUUGAGGAAUGUGGAUGUCAAAACUGACUUUGUUUUUGCUGAGGAUUAUGACAGUUUUGAUUCAUUAUCAAACCUGGAAGUUCUGUCAACAAUUAGGAUUUCUCAUCCACAAGUUACAAUGAAGCUAUUUGGAAGGUUACCAGCACUUCGAAAACUCAGCUGCAUAUUCGUAAAAUCACAGUCAGGCGUCAGCUGCCCUUUUGAGUAUCGAUCAUUGUUCGACUCCUUGAGAAGGCUAGAGUCCUUGAAAAUAAUUCAAUGGGAAGCUUCAUGUCUCGGGUUUGAUCAAUUCCGAGCAUUUGGAAUUCCAAGAACUCUCAAAAAGCUGACUUUGUCAAGGCUUGGCCUGCCCUGGUGGGCAAUUUCAGCAAUUGGACAACUAUCCAAUCUUGAGGUUCUCAAAUUAAGAGAACAUGCUUUUUCAGGUCCAAAAUGGGACGUAGAAGAUGUACAAUUUCCAAACCUCAAACACUUAGAACUGUACAAUUUGAACAUUGAAAAGUGGAUUAAUGUCUCAACUGAGUCCUUCCCCUGCCUACACCGGCUUGUUCUGAGACAUUGUUACAGACUUGAGGAAAUCCCACCUUGUUUUGGAGAUGUUCCCACCUUGAAGAUGAUUGAGGUUCGUUUCUGCAGCGCAAGAGUCAGUAAUUCAGCCAAAAGCAUCCUCUGUGAACAACUGGACAUGGGAAAUGAGGACCUUGAAGUCCUGAUAUCUUAA